ACUGAAAAUGUUGAUCUGUUCUACUCGGUUCCAUGGUCAUAUGGUACCCUUGGAUUCUUAACAGCAGUUGAAAUUAAGAUUAUUCCUGCUCAGAGGUUUGUGCGUGUGGAAUACAAGCCUUGUCAUUCCCUGGACAAUCUAGUUAAAACUUUCACAGAAGAAACCAAAAAGGCUGAAGGAAACCAGUUUGUGGAGGGACUCAUGUACUCCCUUCACUCUGGGGUUGUCAUGACUGCCAACAUGUGCACAUCUGCUGAGCCUGGCAAGUUGAAUGAAAUUGGGCGAUGGUUCAAGCCUUGGUUCUUCAAGCAUGUGGAGACUUUCUUAAAGAAGAAUGAAACAGGAAUUGAAUACAUCCCAAUCCGAGAUUACUACCACCGCCACACACGAUCUAUCUUUUGGGAAAUACAGGACAUAAUUCCCUUCGGCAACAAUAUGUUGUUUCGUUACCUCCUGGGAUGGCUGGUGCCCCCUAAAGUCUCUCUGCUCAAGUUGACACAAGGAGAGGCUGUUAAAGAACUAUAUGAGAAAAACCACUUCAUACAAGACAUGCUUGUUCCACUUACUGACAUGAAGGAAGCUGUCUGUGUCUUUGAAAAAGAAGUCAAGAUAUACCCCAUCUGGUUAUGCCCAUUCAAGUUGCCUGCAAACCCUGGUAUGCUGCAUCCCUUAAAUGACGAGGAAGCAUUAUUUGUUGACAUUGGGACUUAUGGAGUACCUAAAGUUGAGAAAUUUGAACCAGUCGAGACAACACGUAGAAUUGAGAAAUUUGUAAGAAAGGUUAAAGGCUUUCAAAUGAUGUAUGCAGACUCUUACAUGACUCGUGAAGAAUACCGAGAAAUGUUCGACCAUUCACUGUAUGACAAAAUGAGGGCAAAGUUGGGGUGUGAGAAGGCUUUCCCUGAGGUGUAUGACAAGGUUAACAGGAAGGCUCGAAUUUAAAACAAAUUAAUCUUCUGUCACAAACUUCAAUUUAACUUGCCCUUUCAAUCUUUCCUCCAAUAUCAUGUAAAAAUAUCUAAUUUAUAAUCUGUAUUCAGAACAUACAAAUGAAUAUUGGACUGUAUUAAAAUGCUGUGUUAAGUCUGUGUUCAGAAAUACACAGAACCUUUAUUAAGUUUUACAUACCCCUAUUUCUAUCUCCACAAAGUUGCAUGCUGUACAGUACUGAUGAAGUGUUUAAUCCUUCAAAAUGCAUUUUGUCUUUUUUUUUUAUUAAAAUUUGCUUACUGCACUUUUGAUUUAUUGCAUUUUAAUAUUUUAUCAUCAAAAUAUUUUAAUAUCGUAGUGUGUUUUGUUGAUGUCUUAAGAAAAAUAUUCAUGAAUUACUUCCAACUGUGCAGAAAACAAUGAGAACCUUAUGUUCUAAACUCACUAUGUUGGCAUGUAAAACAGUGACAGUCUGCUACUGGAAAGGUCAUUGCAUAGCUUACAUGCAUGUGGCAAGAGUUGCUUACCUAUGUACUGUAUGCAAUUAUUACUUUAGAAAUCUCCCCAAAUUAUUCAAACAAGUGCAGUAAUAUAUACCAGUGCUUCGCCAACCACACUUCUUGUGUGGAGUCCACUAGGAAGUUUCUUAGGGCCUUUGCUAUGUAAGUUACACACUUAUUAAUGUUGAUUGUAAAAAAAAAAUAUACAGCACAAUGAUGACUGCUCUCUAGUAUUGGGUAAAGAUGCUAUUGAUAAGUUCUUAUGUGAACUAGAAUCACAUAAACAGUGGCUGAUAGAAAUUGAAUUAUUCUACAUCUUGGUAAGAUUGAAGCAAUAUUAUUUGCAUAAUAAAACUGAAAAGAGUAAACAAAUUCAAUGUAGUAUGUGGGAUAACCCUUCUCAACUGUAACCUCAGUGAAAUACUUUGGGGUGACUCAUCUCUUGUUUAUUUGGAGAAUUAAUAAAAAAAUAAUUACAAAAUAACAUAUGUCAGGAUAAAAUUUCUUUACAGAAAUGCCAAAUGUGUCUGCUGAUGCCUUUAGGAACUUUUGCUAAGUGCUCGUACAUUGUCAUAUGGCCUACUCCUGAUCAUCAUGGUACCCUGUCUUAACACAGAAUUUAAAAGCCAAGCUACAAUUAUGAACACAAGAGUUCAUUGAUGAUGAAGUCCUGUAAUCACUGGACAUGUUAAGUGUGACAGGUAGAGUGAAGCAAUUGAGGCUGAAUUAUGCUCUUAGGGUUUUCAACAGACUAUGCCCAAAGUAUCUUAACAACAAACUUUGUAAAGAAUAAGUUACCUGACCACAUUAUAACCAGUAAUGUUAUCAAAGAAUUCAAAACUAAGACCAAAAAAUACAUAACAGAUGAAGCCACAGCAAGAGAAGAGGGAGUUUCUAUAUAUUUAAACACUGAAUAUGCUGUACUGUUGAAGUUCUAUGCCAGCCAUGGAUAGUCUAUGCACAACAUAAUGCUUGUAAUGUAUAUCAACAAAUGUUCACUUUUAUUCCUGGAGAUAUACUAUUGGAAGUAAACAUCUGAUGGCAUUGUCAGCUAUCCUGCCAUACUGUUUACCUUUGUUGUAUACCUGCAACAUCCAGGUACAGUCAGGGAAUGUUCUGUGUAAGACACCAGGCUACAAGCUCGAACCUCUGAAUGUGAGACCUGUGGUAGUGAAGCAGUAGCCAGACACUCAUCUAUCUGGUAACGGAGUGGGGGAGGGGGUAUGCAAGUUGAUGACGUCACAAUAGUACAGCCAGUCUAGUGCACAUGAGGUAUAAUCAUACCGCAGAAGUGGUAAAACUCGCCAGAAGUUACCAGAUUGGGAGUGACUGACUGCUGCUUUGCUACCAUAGGUCUCCCAUUCAGAGGUUUGAACUUGUAGCCUGGUAUCUUACUCAGAACAUUCCCCAAUUGUGCAUUGGAAACUGUAUGCAUUAUCUGCACUGGCAUUGUCUUUACACAUGCUGAAAUGUAUAACUGCAUUGUCUACACAGUAUACAUGCUAAACUAAUUGUAAACCUUUACUGAAUAAAUUCUGUAUUAUUAUUA